AUGGGGCUGCCCCAGCCAGGGCUGUGGCUGAAGAGGCUCUGGGUACUCUUGCAGGUGGCCCUGCAUGUGACCUUGGGCAAAGUACAACUGAAACUGUUUCCCGAGAAAGUCAAGCAGCAUAUCUUGGCCAUGAACCGGAAGAACCCGCACUUCUCCUAUGACAACUGGGCUCCGACCCUCUUCAGCACCCAGUAUUUCUGGUUCAUCCUGAAGGUCCGUUGGCAACGACUGGAGGACAAGACUGAGGAAGGGGGUCUAGCCCCAAACUGCCCCGUGGUCCGCCUCUCGGGACAGAGGUGUAACAUUUGGGACUUCAUGCAAGGCAACAGGCCACUGGUGCUGAAUUUUGGAAGUUGUACCUGACCUUCAUUUCUUUUCAAAUUUGACCAAUUCAAGAGACUUAUUGAAGACUUCAGUUCCACAGCAGACUUUCUCGUCAUUUACAUUGAAGAAGCACAUGCAUCAGAUGGCUGGGCUUUUAAGAACAACGUGGUCAUCAGGAAUCACCAGAACCUCCAGGACCGCCUCCAGGCAGCCCACCUGCUGCUGGACAGGCGCCCCCAGUGCCCUGUGGUGGUGGACACAAUGAAGAACCAGAGCAGCCAGCUCUAUGCGGCGCUACCCGACAGGCUUUAUGUGCUCCAGGAGGGCAGGAUCCUCUACAAGGGUAAGCCUGGCCCUUGGAACUAUCAUCCAGAGGAAGUUCGUGCUGUUCUGGAAAAGCUCCACAGUUAA